AUGAGCGCUCUCACUCCCCCUCGCGACAUCGCCAUCGUCGGUGCGGGCAUUGCGGGCAUUGCCUGUGCACUCUCACUUUCACGAGAACUCACACCCUUGGUACCCGACCUCCAAAUCACCAUCUACGAGCGCCAUGAUAUUCUGUCGACAUCUGGAGGCGCCAUCAAUCUCACACCGGUCGCACAACGACAUCUCGCACAACUGGGGGUGCUCGACGAGCUGGACCGCAUGGGAUCCGAAGGUGGCGCGGACGUGGAAGCCAUUGAACUGUUCUCGAUGCGCUCCGGUCGACCUAUUGGGUCCAUCGACUUUGUGGAUCAAAAGGGGAAUGGGUUUGGAGGAUACAAGGGCCGCCGUGUCAUGCGGAUCGUUCUCUCCAUGGCGAUGAUGGCGGUCAUUGAGCGCACGCCUAAUGUGGAGGUGGUCUUUGGUAAGAAGGUGCUGGGUGGAGAGGAAAUCAAUGAAAAGGCGGUUCUGCAUUUCAGUGAUGGCACCGAGGUCAUCUCGGAUCUGGUGGUCGGCUGUGACGGGGUGCACUCGGCCGUGCGCACCCGCUGGGUUGAUCCCGACAGUGUAUCUCAGUACACGGGCAUGUCCUUUCUUCAAGCGACCAUCCCGACCAAGAGUCUCUCGUCCAAAAUACAUUUCAGAUCCUCAGCUCUCAACGUCUCGCGUCAUGGCUCGUUGCUGACGAGUUUUAUCGACUCCGAUCACGAACAGAUCUUUGCUGCGGCAAUCGUGCAAUUCGAUGAAGCAGAGCUGAGCAACUACCGCCUGGACUCCGGACAGGAUUGGGCUUCGAAGGAUCGAAUCCGUCGAGACUUACGGAACGAGAUGCGGGAGCGAUUCGCCAAGUCGGCCCUGCCUUGCAUCCGCGAGAUGGUAGAUAGCAAGGCAGACUGGAUGCUUUAUCCAGUAUACCAGGUGCAACCAGGGAGUCGCUGGUGCAUGAAUCGCGUCAUUUUGUUGGGAGACGCAGCACAUGCGAUGCCACCCCGAGACGAAUCUGCCGCAUACGCAUUGGACGAUGCGAUCCUCUUCGCUCGCAUUCUCUCUCGAUACUACCAGGAACCGCUGACAGAGGUCUUUGAAGCAUACGAGCGACUUCGCCGAGAGACGGUGGAAAGUGCUUUUAAAGAAUCAAGGCGGAUGUGGGAUCGAAAUCGUGACAUGGGAUUCUUAGAGAGUCGACUGAAGGAAUGGAUGAUGCCGUUUCAGAUUCGCAAUCGUCGUGAAAAGCGGGAAUCUGCGUGGGAAUUCGAUGCUACAAAGGUCUUGCUCCCGACUCCCACACCGAGUGAGGACAUGGUGUCGUUGAACUCGUUUCUGAGGGAGGAAAAGGUGUGA